AGUAAUAUUAGUUAUAAAAGAAGCAGCCAUGCCUUCUCCUAAAGCAACUGAUGUUGGGAGAGAGAGCAUGUCGUAGGGAGGUAUUUCCGGUCUGACGGAAGCUUAGGGUAAGAGAAGCAAGUCACAAGAGUAGCUAGGCUUCGAAAUGGAUCUUAGGGACCUCUACAAUAAGACCUCUUUUUCCUUCCCAAUUUGCUGGCUGUGGUGAUCACUUUUCAGGCAGUGCCCGAGGCGGUAUUUGGAAGUCCCGUGAUACGAAGACAAUCAGGAUCUCCCCCAGUCGACUGCAGGACGUGACCCCGGACAGAUGUCCAGCCGGCCAGCCUCCCACACUUAAGCCUAUCGGCUCGGCGUACUGGCGGGCACGAACCCCAGACCUGAACAAAGUCAGGCCGCAUUCUUCCACAACGAUACACUGAAUAUUGCAUCCAGAUUCCCUGAGUCACGUACGAAGUCUGUCUGCCCGCAAGUGUUGCAUUACCCAAGUUUAUGAAACCAGCUUGUAUGAAUCACAUCUUAGCCAGCUAUCCAUUUGUGAGAGAUUAUAAGUCCCAACGUGGGGACCAAUAGCAUUUACUUUUCUCCAGGCCAGUACGAGCCUUUUGUAAAAAAAUAGCUGUAAAGUAACGAGUUGAGUUCCUGGCGACCUAUUCCUCUAGAUUAAAUAUUCAUUAAUAAUCAGAUUAAAUAUUCAUUAAUAAUCAGUUCCAUUAAUUUCCUCUUGUCCUCCCUCAAUUAUUUCUGUUUACGUAUCGAGCCUCUCUCAAGGCCGGGCUAAUACGUAACAUUGGCGACCUCGCCGAGGAUUUGAACCUAGCUUGCUUAAAAAAAGCUUGUAAAUAGCGUUAUCCCUUGUAAAACGAAUGUAAAUGUUUUUCAAAGCGAAAAAACUAAGCACACUUGCACGGAAGACAGACACUGACUCACGGUAAGGUAUACCAUUCAUUAAUAUGAUUAUUCUAUAACAAAUGUUAGCUUAAGGUACGUUUAAGUAUUUUCAUUUCGAAGUGUUUAAAAGAGUGUAGUUAGAAAUAUAUUGUAACGGCCAGAGCGCCGAGGGAAGUCUAUUUGUAAAUUGCAUUGUUCUCGUCUGUCGAGACACUAACACGUGUGCAGAAUAGAUGCCAGAAAGGACCAGAUCAAACUAGGAAGUGCUUUGCCAGGGUUUAUUGCUGUGUUGGAAAGCCUAGCUAGUUAGGAGUGUUUUACUAAUAGUUACGGCAAAAGAAGUGUACAAUUCUUUUGUCUGUGAUAUGUUAGGGAAUUCAUUUUUAACUUAGUUUUCAUUCCAAGUGUUGGUAACCGCUCAAGCUUCCCAGCUUUCUCAGCUUCGCGCACGCGAACUCUCAUGCCUGCCAGCCAACCUUCGUUUCUCACAAAGCGGCAGCCAUGUUUUGAUCCCUUUAAGAAUUAUCUCAACGAUUUAAGCAAAGUAACGUAAGUCUUGAAAGUUUAACGUAAAUAAUAUUAAUCUCGGUACUAGUAUCUAUCGUUCUGCCAGAGAAAUUAACAUAAUUCGCCUUGAAUAAGAAAUUAGAAUUUCGUGUUGUAAAUUGCCUCCGUGUUUACGGAGGAUCAGCUGUUUGAACGACAUGCUGAUAGCGCACCGCGCUACCCAACUCGCCUCACGUGUUUCACCUCGCAUCGCUCACUCGCUUGCUGAGCGAAAGUUUCAUUUCACUUCGUACUUAACGUAACCUCAUUCACAAAUGUUUGCUAACAUUUUCAUUUUAAAAUCCUUACCGUCAUUUCACUGUUCACAGGGACCUAGUAAUCUUACAUAAAGUUAACGUAAAUCUUCAAGUAGAAUAAAUUACAAGAAUUGUUAACGUAAAACGCGUCUUUGUAAAAUUCAUAUGUAAACGCAAAUAAUUUCAUAAGCGCACGCCGCUACCAGUAACGUAAAAAUCGUUCACCACGAGCGCGUUAUCAUUUUCAUAAAACGUUAUCCAAAGCAAUUCUUUCAUUACACGUUAACGUAAGUAAAUCAUUUAACGCAAGUUGCGUCAUAUUAAACUAACAUUAGUAGUUCAAUUCAAUAUAAGGGAGUUCAUUCAUAUAUAAUUUUUCACCCUCUCUGAGAGAGAGAGAGAGAGAGAGAGAGAGAGAGAGAGAGAACCCAGUAUUCAUGAAGCCAAGAGUAGUACAUCUUACCAUUAAUUAUAGCCUGCAGAAUUAACAUUAUUUUAGUCUCUUGUGUCUUUCAUUUACACAGCGUGAUACGUACGCGCCUGUGUCCAUUGCAGUUUGCAAGCAUUUAUUUAUUUCAUUUACCGAGUACUUCAGUGAGGGACUGAGCAUUUCUAAAAUUAUCAUUACCUGUCGUUGCCCGAGUGGUCUUUUCUAAUUUUUUCACAAAAGACUUGCGUAUACCGCAAGCACAACCCGCACAGUGUGCCACGCAAAUUCAUUACUUCCAGACAAGGAAGCCUACCAGUCUAGGACUGGCCACCACCAGUGCACGUCAGGUCUUACCAUUUUACAGUGCCACUAAUUCGUGACACUGUCCAUCGACUGGCUGCUGAAGUACUCCCACCUUUUACUUUCUCUCCUCCACUAUUACCCUCUGCCACGAACAGAGUACCAUUUCACUUCAGUAUAUUUAAGUAUACUGCAUGUAGUGUCCGGGACACACCAGCACGAUACCAGUGCUCCAAGGAACACCUCCUCAUAAGUGCCAUUGCACCUGUACAGGCCGUACAGGUAGCCAUUAAACCUGCGUGUCCGUCCUUACGGAACGCCCAAGUAACUAGUGUGUCCGUGUCCAAGGGUCAGUGAUCCUUCAGAACACUCAACCAGGGAACGCCUCCCAAAGUGCCGCAACCAGCCCCAAGUGCUGUCAAACCUGCGUGUCCGUCCUUACGGAACACCCUAUUCAUUAGUGAAUCCGCUAUCCCGGAUCACCCAAUCAAGGGAACGCCUCCCGAAGUGCCGCAAUACCAGCACUACUAGUGCUGUCCAAAAGGAACGCCUCCUCAUAAGUGCCACGCACCUGUACAGACGUACAGGUAGCCCUAUACCUGCGUGUCCGUCCUACGGAAUGCCCAUUCAUUAGAGUAUCCACCAUUUUGGAUCACUGAACCAAGGAACGCCUCCGAAAGUGCCGUGCACCUGUAUUGGACCUACAGGUAGCCCAUUCCAACGUCUCCCAAGUUGGGAACGCCCGUAAGUGUGACGUACGCCGCACACUUCAUUCGAUUUUUUCACCUCAUCAGAAGGUGCCAUUCACAAAGUGCCACCGAGCACCCAGUCUUUUCAGACUUUUCAUUACCACGUCGCAGAACACAUUUCCAAGUGAGUGCCACUUUACCCAGUAGGCACUCCCAUUCCAUCCAUUACCCUUCCUGGCCAUUAUUUUAAACUUUAUCAGAGCCUCCACUGCAGCCUAAAGAAAUGGCUUCUGCUGCCCAACCACAUAUAUCCAUGGAGCUGGAGAGGCUCCAGACACUCAUGGCUCUGGGCACGAACGCCGGUUACACUGGGCAGGAACUCACCCAGUGGGUGAAGAGGCAGACGGACGAUCUGCUCCUGCAAGAGAGAGCUGCCAGAGAAGAAGAGAGGAAGAAAAAAGAAGCAGAGAGAAAGCAUGAGCUAGCUCUCAAGGAGAAGGAGCUCGAGGUGGAGAAGGCACGACAGGUGAACGCCGAAGCCCUAGCCAUGCAGCCAGCUCCCAGCCCCACACCUACGGUGUCGUCCAAUCCUAUAGCCAGCAUUAACGUUCUCAUCCCGAAGUGGACUGAGGAUGAGCCCGAGGCAUGGCUGGAAGAAGUGGAAGCCUUAUUCGAGAACUACCCUACCACUGAGAUAGAGAGGGCCGCCCUGCUUGCCAAGCACCUGGAUGGCAAGGCUAAGACUGCCCUCCGCUCACUGGAUCAGGGUCAGCAAGGGGACCUGGUGGAAGUUCGCCGGGUCAUUACAAAGGCCUAUGAAAUCACCCCCGAGAGGCGGAGGCAGUGUUUCCGAGGUCAGCCAAGGAAGUUGGUUGGGCCUGGGGAGAUUACUCCUACCACAAAAUCCAAGCCGGGCAGCGGUGGCUUGACGCCAUGUCGUGCACCGAGUUCCAGGACCUGUUUAACAGGAUCAUGCUGGAAGACCUCUACCAGUGUGUACCUGGGCCACUUGCAGUGCACCUUAACGACAAGCAACCCAAGACACUUGCGGAAGCUUGUCGCCUGGCUGACGACUGGGAAACUUUCAACCCCUCUCACAGCACCACCCACCGACGCAUGGUGCCACCCGGUCCUCUCUCUGGAUCCACACGGCCAAAGGACGCCCACAAAGGACACCCACGGACUUGCAACGUUUGCAAGAAAGUGGGUCACCUCGCAGCAGAGUGCCGCCUCAAGAGCACUGCAAGCGACAAACCUCCUCAGAACCCUCCUAGGCCACCGAAUGGUGCCUCAGCCUCCUCUCAAGACCAGUCAGAUGCCUUACGGAGACCAGCCCAGCAGAGGGACUCCUGCAGAGCCUGUGGGGCUACAGGGCACUACUCCCCUGGAUAUCCCGGGUGCCCCAAGCACGUGCCUUCGACCAGGCACGUCCACCUGAUCAGUGCCACAACCCCCUCGGCCGUUAUGCCCGAGUCCAGGUCUCACCCUGAGCGGGUGUGGACCACUUCAGUCACAGUGGCACCCCUGGAUGGCUCUACCCUACCUGUGACUCUGCCAGUUAUGGUAGAUACCGGCUCCGAUCUGUGCCUCAUAGACAGGGACCAAGUGCCACCGUCAACGAGCACAUCAGGUGGGCCAUGACUUGGGUCGAAGGGCAGUCCAAGACCGUUCCCACAGUCGUCCUGCAGGUCACCACUCCUUGGUGCACCAAACCUCACCGCCUAGGUGUAGUGCGUACGAUUCGGCAUGGAGUAGGUUUCCUAUUGGGACGGGACCUCCUCUGGGGAUGUCCCUCCCCCACACCACUCCAGGGCCAAGCUACCUCACCACAUCAAAUAACGGCCAGAGAGGACUCUUCACCUGUGCCAGAGCACACUGCCAGCCUUGGUGACCACAGAUUCGCAACCUGUGGGGCCAUCUCGGCCUUACCGUCCAAUGCCACAGAAGAAGUUCUCGAACCAGUUCUGCCGAGACUGCGGCCGCAAGGGUCACAUGUCUGCCAACUACGUAGGGUGCGCGAAUUACAAUAUUCCUGCCAUCGCAAUGGCAGUUACCAAUCCUUCAUUACUAGGACCCCCACCUCAGGGCCCUAUAACCGUCGCACCCCUCCAAGGUCAUUAUCCACCAAGCCAUG